AUGCGGCCAUGCUUCCCCGCCUCCCGCUCCCCGGGCUCUGACCCGCUCUCCCGCUCCCCGGGCUCUGACCCGCUCUCCCGCUCCCCGGGUUCCCCGCCCUUCUCCCCGGAUUCUGUACCGCUCUCCCCCCGGGGCUUCCCCGCCUCCCGCUCCCCGGGUUCCCCGCCCUUCUCCCCGGGCUCUGUACCGCUCUCCCCCCGGGGCUUCCCUGCCUCCCGCUCCCCGGGUUCCCCGCCGCUCUUCCCCCCGUCCCCGCUCUUCUGCCUGGGCUGCCUGCUCCUCUUGCCCCGGGGUCUCCUGUGCCCCUCGGUCUGUACCUGUCCGGACCAUCACACCAUUGACUGCCGGGACCAGGGCCUCCCCCGCCUCCCCGACCUCUUCCCCCUGGAUGUACGGAAGCUCGUGGCGGCCAAUAACCACAUCCAGUCCAUCCCGGCCGACCUGCUGCUCUACUACGCGGACCUGCUCUACCUGGACCUGAGGAACAACUCUCUGACCUCCCUGGAGGACGGGACCUUCAGCGGCUCCUCCCGCCUCCUCUUCCUGGACCUCAGCUACAAUCACCUGACUCUGCUGGAUGCCGGAAUCUUCCGGGCGGCGGAGAAGAUGAUAAAGUUGAGUCUGGGGAACAAUAAUCUGUCGGAGGUUCAUGCUGACGCGUUCCAGAAUUUGGAGUCUCUUCAGGUCUUGGAGCUGAAUGACAAUAACUUACAGAGUCUGAGUGUGAGUGUCCUGGAGUCUCUGCCAUCUCUGCGGACUGUCCGCCUGGAGGGGAACCCCUGGACCUGUGACUGCAACUUCGCCAACAUCUUCAUGUGGAUGGAUGGAAAUCCCCAAAAACUACAAAAAGGUGGGUGA